UCGGGUGGUGUGUGGUGCAUCCGGAGAUCCUUCUAAAAAUAUUACGAACUUAAUGCAUAAUUAAUUUCGACUUUGGUUCGAGUGGUUGUGUUAAUUGUUUAAUUAAUUGGAGAGAUGCUGCAACAAUUCGACGAUUAUCAGACCUGCGACACGACCAGCACGACAUUGAACACCCCGUUUUCGGUGAAGGACAUCCUGAACAUGAACAUCGCGAACGACGGUUAUUACGGCGUGAAAAAGGAACCCACCGAUCCUUUGUAUCCUCCGCCCGGCUAUUGGGAUCCUUCGUAUGUCGCGGAUCAGUACAACUAUGGGUACGUGAACAGUACGCAGGAAACGAUUGAACAUGGAUACGACAAAAGUUACGGGUACUGCGGAAAUGGAUACGAAAUGUCGGGUGGAGGUACGACGACGCAAUAUUUGUACAACAACAAUCCGAUGGACAAUUCCAGGUUGGAGGAGUGCGAGAAAGUUGAAAGUCCAAAAAUUCAACAAGUGACAAGCUCGAAAACCGAACUACGCAAAUCGGGACGGCAACGUUCGAAGCGAAAGCCCCGCGUCCUCUUUUCCCAGGCCCAAGUCUACGAGCUGGAGCGCCGCUUCAAGCAACAGAAGUACCUGUCGGCCCCCGAGCGCGAGCAAAUGGCCCAAGUGCUGAAGCUGACGCCCACUCAGGUCAAGAUCUGGUUCCAGAACAGGCGGUACAAGUGCAAGAGGCAGAAGAUCGAGAAGGCGGAAGUGGAGAAAAAAAUUGAUGGCAAUGCGUCGUUCUGUGCGGUGCCUCAGACGAACUACAUGUUCACGAACAGUCCCGUUUAUGGGGUGAAUGAUUUUGGGUGCGUUGAGGGGUUGAGGUACAACGAAUAUGGUUACCAUUGUUGAUUUACGAGUUUUCCGAUUGACUCUGAGUGAGUUUUUUUUGUAGAUAUUGUCCGUCCGGUAAAUUGCGACUGCUUUAAAGAGAUUGGUUGGUUUGUUCUUUUAUUAUUGUAUAAGUUUAAAUAACAGACUUAAAAUAAAUUAGUAUUUAAUAUGCGUUACCAAAGUGCACUCGGA